AUGGAGGGGGGUGUACUCAGUGUUUCAAGCGGGAACAAUAGAUUUCGAUCACACUUAAAAAAUGCCGCCAGUGCAUUGUGUGCCAGGACAUUACCCAAGCAAAGGCGUGGUGAGUCAAUUGCUAUCAGCAAUGCCCGACAUCACACAUACCCACGAACAACGCCGACUAAACGGGCCGCACUCUCCUGUCGGAUGGAACCACUUAUAUAUACUCCAGCUCAACAGGCAACAACUUUCGAAACGGCCGAUCCUAUUAAAUAUAAUGUCAUCGCGGAUGAAAAAACGAGCAGACCUAAUGGUUUAAUCAAAUGGAAAGGAACCUUAGCCAGGGAGGUAGCGAGUGCAUGGGAGUGUCGUGUGGGUCCACCCGACCAGCCGGCCUCCGCCGAUCGUAUUCAGAGCCUCUUCAACGACAUCGAAUUAUACCCUACUAAGACUCAGGUGUUCGAAAUGCUGGUAUGCGCGCGACAGUGCGCCCGCCGUAAGUCGCUCACUCUCACAUUCGGAGAAUUCUGCGUGUUCGCCGCUGAACUCCGUCGGUGUUCGAGACAAGCCAGGCAGACAUCGAACAAACCUGAGUCUCCACAAUGGAACAUAGAAAAGGAACUUAAAGAUAAGGACGCCAUUUGUAAACAUGUAAACGUACAUGAACGUAGAUUUGAGACGCGGACGGACGCCAGUUGGUCGUCGACCGUUCGCGGGUGGACAGCGUGCACGCCGACACUGCUGCACGAUACAUCCGCAAUCAUGCCGCCGACUACAAUGAUAGUGCCCUGCAGCGAGGCAUCACCUCCGCCCUGCGAGGUGUUCCUGGGCGGGUCAUGUAACCCAACUACUUGGAGAUCAGACAUAGCCAUUCCGAUACUGAAAAAGAUGGGCAUCACGUAUUUCAACCCGCAAGUCGAAGAUUGGUCGACGGAGUUGGUGGAGGUUGAGCAUCGUGCGAAAGCUGCAGCUCGAGCGCUUUUGUUCGUUUUGGAUAGUGAGACUCGUGCCGUAGCUGCAUGCGUCGAAGCUGCGCACCUCGCAGCAGCUCCAAGGGACUUGUUGUUAGUACUCAGACCGUACUCAAGGCAUCAAACUAUCGGACAUGAAGCCAUCAGCGACCAUGAGUACGUGGAAUUGUCGCGUGCUCGAGCGACGUUGCAGGAGGCUGUGGAGCGGCGCGGACUGCCGGCCUUCACGGACAUACCAUCGGCGUUGCGUUGUGCGCGGGCAGUAUUACGGGGCGCGCGUACCCACCCACGACACUCGCUUGGUCACACAAUUUUGCGGCUGAAGCGCGCCUAUGAUGCAGCGGGCGGUAGAAACUCUCGACUUCCAAGGUGUAAAGCCGUCGACACCCUAAAAGAUGUGACGCGAGUACCUCGGGAAGUAGCCGAUCGGUGUAUACCUCCUGCUGCUGACACCGUUGACUUUGAAACGUUCUGCGCUUGCGUUGCUGAACUGGCCGCCGACGCAGGCGGAGUGGCGAGUCCAUUGACGGCGGGCGGGGACGUGAGUGAGACAGUGACGUCACGGAUCCGUCGCGCGUUUCGCACGCUCCGUGAUUUGCUCACCCCGCCCGCUCCCGAAUCGAGUAGUCGAAAUGGACAAGAAGCAUCGGGAGUUACGGGAGCAACGCCGCGUGGGGAGGCAAGAGCACACGAGCCUGCGGCUUCUAAUGGGCUUAUGUUUAAUGGCCAUAAUGCUAGACUUAAGGCUUACGGUCGGAAGCUUGGCUUAAUCAUUCCUAAGAAUGGCGGCCAUCGCGCCGCAGGUGAGGAAAGCGGCGCAGCAUCGGGCGGUAGCGGGGAGUCGGUGUUUACGCCGGGCACCGAACGACGACUCGAACGCUUGCCCGCCAUGCUCGGUGCUCCCACUCAUGACGUCUACCUCGGCGGCACCUUUCCGAGCCACAAGACGCGGCCGGAGGAGUACCUGCGGCGCGAGGGGCUGACGGUGGUGGUGGCGCGCGCCAACGACUACACGCGCAUGUUCUCGACGGCGGCGCGGCGCGCGGCGCCGGCGCACCCCGAGUCGCCGCGCCGCGACAAGAAGCCGCGCGCCGCGCUCGCGCCCGCCGCGGACCUGCCCGACGGGGUCGAGCUGCGCGAGCGGGCGCCCGAGGACCACGCCGACAGGAGCGACCGCCUCAGCGCCUCCGACUUCUACACCGUCUCCGAGGAUGUCACGCCGCAGCCUUUCAAAGGAACGUACGAUGAGGAUCUGUUAUUAGGGUCGCGCGUAUUAGUGUUCGCAAUGAGUGCGGAGUCUCCAUGCUUUGCAGCGAUGGUGUUAGCCGCGCAUUAUAUGGGGUUGCGGCCGUCGGCCACGGUAUUGUUAGUACAACCCAUGGAUCCGAAAAAGGCUCAUAAUUACAGUGAGGUUGCCGUCAAGGAUUACAACCGAGGUCGUCACUAUCUGUCAGAUUUAGCGCGACGCUCCGGAGUGCCCGUGUUCGACAACGUGGACGCGGUCCUGGCGUGCGUCGUCAGCCGCCUUCGGGCGACGCUAUAG